AUGCAUGCCAUGUGGAUAUCCUUGAAGGAGAGCUUCAACUGUGGUAGUAAGCUUACAGACGUAAUUAUCAGCCAGAGAACCUCUUUAAGAAGCUGCACCGGUGAAAAGAACUUAGAAGGCGACCGUGUUCAUCCAAAGGGACGCCCAAUGCGCGAAGUGAUAUUCCAGAAAACCUACACGCGGAAUUUGUAUCAUGAGCUGGACAUUAGUAACUCAUCGAGGAAUGUCGUCAAGUUGAUCUUUCAAGCAGCAGCAUCACAUCCCUCAAAGCACUCCAGGAAGAUAAAGAAAGUCCUCAGGGUGAACAAUUCGGAGGAGACCCUGGAAAAGUUUGAAAAGUACAGGGAGAUGGUGAAGAAUAAAUCCUAUAAGCAACAUAAGAGGCACCCAAGAAUUAUAGUGGAUGGAAAUGAGAUCUUACAGUUCUAUGGCACCACAAUGAAUUGUUGCAGAAGAAAGCUAAGCAAAGUAUCUGAGCUUUGCAAUGAUCCCGCCUGUCGAGUUUGCAGGCUCAUUCAAUCUGGUUUCAACACUGCAUACAACAGAAGAAAUGGAAUUCAAUUGAGCACUAGCAGUGAGGAAUUCAGUGAAGACAAAAAUACUAUUGCAAAGGAGGCAUGUGUGAAGAAGGCUACCAUAGUUUGCCGGACAAUAGCAGGGACAGUAGUUAAUAUGUUUGAUGGGGAGUAUGAAGAGGAGUAUGACUCAGUUGGAAGUGGACGGAACACCAAGGCGGAAUAUUUGUUUGUCCGAGAUCCAAGUGCUGUACUCCCCUGCUUUGUCAUAAUUUUUGACUGAAAUGGUUGUGUAUUGAUGUUUAGUUGUGCCUGUUCAUAACAAGCUUGCACAUAGUUGGUUUACAUGAAUAGUUCAUGUACCCAGUGAAGCAAAAUGCAAGAGGAGGUUUUGCUACCCGUUACCUUAAAAUCAUUCCUCUUGGUGCCUGUAGCAGCUUCCAGUUACUUUUGCUAGUGCUUAAGGUCUGACUUUGUAUCGUUUGUGCAAAUUCCCAGCUAUUAUAAGAAGAUAAUCACUGUUCUA